AUGGAUGUGUGUGCAGAGAGAAUGAAUUGGUCGAGUUUAACCUCAGAUUUGCAGAUAGAGAUACUAGUUCGUCUGCCAGUAAAAUCGUUGAUGCGUUUCAAAUGUGUUGAAAAAUCAUGGAAUAUUCUGUUCAAAACACCCUAUUUUGUGAAUAAGAGGAGGCGGCACAAUUCUGAAAACGAUAAGGGCCAUAGUCUCAUGAUCUUUCCCAGACCCAUUGAUUUCAGGCCUCCCUACAUCACCCUUCUCUCCUGUGACGGUGGAAGCGCUGAUGAGGAACUCGUCCAAUUCUCCUCCCUCUUUCCUGGUAAUAGAUCCAUACUCAAGAUUGAAUCAUACGGCAAUUGCAAUGGUGUUUUCUUUUUAAAAGCUUUUUAUUGGAAUUCAACAAAUCCUGGUCAAUUGAUUCUAUGGAACCCAACAAUUAAACAGGUCCACCUUAUCCCCCCUACACCCUCCUUCUGUGACUCUAAAUAUGAUGAUUCCUUGUAUGGCUUAUGUGCCUUUAACGACAGUAAUAACUUCAAAGUUGUUAGACUUCAACAUGAUGUUGUCGUUGGAAAGCCGAUGCUUUUUGCUUCAGGAGCAGAAGUUUAUGAUCUAAGCACUCAGUCAUGGACCCCUGUCCAUCACCCUCCUCCUAACCGGAUCGCAGUUCAUUAUAAUCCUGCUUAUACACUAUUUGUUAACUACGUUUAUUAUUGGAUUACAACCGUCAAUUUAUUUACUAUUUCAAACAUUCUUUGUUUUGACUUUUGCAACAAUCAGUUUCACGAACUCAAAGCUCCGUGUAUUGCUGUUGAACAUUCUUUUGAAAACAUCGUCGGUAUCAAGGGUUCCCUGGGUUAUGUUUUGGAGUAUAAUCUUCCUAGUCCUAUCCAGUUGGAAAUUUGGAUUAUGGGUCAAAACGGGUGGGUCAAACAAUACAACAUUGGUCCAGUUGAGUGGACAUGUUGUAGACGUAGGUUUUGGAAGGAUGUCGAUCAAGUUUUUGGAGGAAAGGUUGGACAGCUGCUGACUUCAUAUGAAGAUCAAGGCAACUCGCAUAGCGAAUCUCAAACUUAUCUAUUAAAUUUUGAUACAUGUUCAUGGGGUCGUGAGUAUUUGGAGAGCAUAACUCCCUUGUCAACCUAG